GAUCUUUCUUAUUCCUCCCCAAAACUUUCCAUGUUUCUCAGAUAAACAAAGAGAAAUCAAGGUCUGAGAAGAAAUGGAAGGUGAAUUUGGCAACUUCAUUCAGGUAUUAAUUUCAAUAUUUGUGUGCAUAUGCUAUUCCUACUCUCUUGGCAAAAUAGUCCCCAAAGGUAAAACCAGGCUCCUUUGUGUUGUUCCAGUUGUGUCUCUCUUCUUGUACCUCCCUCUUUGCCUCUCUUCUGUACAUCUUGGAGGUGCAACUGCUUUCUUCAUUUCAUGGCUUGGCAGCUUCAAGCUUCUUCUUUUCGCCUUCGGCAAAGGUCCUUUGGCUACAGACCCUUCAAUAUCCAUUGGACGCUUCGUGGCCAUUGCUUGCCUCCCUAUCGAAAUCGAAGAAGACCCACCUCCAAAACCUCAAAACACCCACAUUAAAGCCAACACCUCUCUAUCACAAUCCCAUCUGAAUGGCGAAAAUGGGAACACUCCACAUCCCCGAAGCACGAAAUCAACAACCCUGAACCAUGUAAUCAAGGGCUUUCUUUUGGCCAUUCUAAUAGGAAUCCUAUAUUAUAGUGAGCAUUUCCAUCCAAACCUCAUCUUAGUCCUUCAUUGCCUUUACAUAUAUCUCCUCCUAGAGUUCCUCCUAGCCAUGGUAGGAGUCCUGGCAAGAGCCCUUUUGGGGUUGAAGCUCAAGCCCCACUUCAAUGAGCCCUACCUCUCCACAUCAUUACAAGACUUCUAGGGCAGAAGAUGGAACCUCAUGGUCACCAGUAUCUUACGUCCGGCUGUAUACGAACCCGUCCUCCAGUUCUCUGCAGGCUUCAUUGGCCGGAAAUGGUCUAUUGUCCCUGCUGUAAUGGGAAGCUUCUUGGUGUCCGGGCUCAUGCACGAGCUGAUUUGCUACUACCAGGGGCGCGUGAAGCCAACGUGGGAGGUUACGUGGUUCUUCGUUCUGCAAGGGUCGUGUUUGACGGUGGAGAUCAUUUUGAAGAAGCCCUUGAGGGGUAGGUUCCGGCUGCCGACGCUGGUGUCGGUGGUGUUGACAGUAGGGUUUGUGGUCGUGACUUGCUUCUGGCUCUUCUUUCCGCAGUUUCUUCGGAGCAAGGCUGAUGUUAGAAUGCUUGAAGAGUAUGUUGCUUUUGGUGCGUACAUAAAAAAUGUGGCUAGAACAUUCCAAACAUCGUUUUCUAGCUCAUGAUCUGUUGG